CCCUUUGCAGGCAUUGCCAGGAGCAUAAAAGUUAUCUCUUAUCAGUUCGUUGUCUUCUCAUACGCAGACAGCAUCCGUUUUGAACCUUUUACCCUUGAAAUAGAUAAAAUUGUGCAGUGAUAAGAAUUAUAUCGAUUUAUCGACAAUAAUUUAAUUUUAAGAUCCACCAAUCCAUAAUGCAAAACAGCAAUCUCAACAAAGUGCGUCUUGUGACAAUAACCAGCGAAUAUUACGAUGAUGUUAUCGAGCAUCUCCGGCGAACUUUUUUCGCCGAUGAACCGCUAAACAAAGCGACAAAUCUCACCCGUCCUGGCCUUGGCCACCCUCUCCUUGAAAAGCAUAGUUUUAGCACCCUUAGAGAUAGUGUCAGCGUAAUGGCAAUCACCAGCGAUGGAGAAAUUGCUGGAGUUGCUUUGAAUGGAAUUUUAUAUGGACACUGCGAUAUAAAGCAUUCAAUGGAUAAACUUAACGAUGUGACUGAUGAAAAUUUCAAAAAAAUAUUUAAGCUGCUGUAUGAGGAAAAUCUAAAAAUAAAUUUGUUCAAACAGUUUGAAGUAGAUAAAAUUUUCGAAAUCCGAAUUUUAUCUGUUGAUUCCAAAUUUAGAGGACAAGGUCUAGCUAAGAAACUCAUGAAUGAAAGUGAAAAUAUUGCCAUCGAAAAUGGAUUUCAAGUGAUGAAAACCGAUGCUACGGGAGCUUUCUCACAACGUGUAUCACAAAAUCUUGGAUUUGUAACGGAAAGGGAGAUUAAAUACAUCGAUUAUUUGGAUGACCAGGGAGAACCAAUCUUUAUAGUAGACCCUCCACACGAUAAACUGAAAAUUAUGUACAAGCUGCUCAACUAAGCUGGGAUGUAACAAGCCAAGUAUACUAUGGCCAACUUUAUGUGUAUCGUGAAAUCGAUGUUGAUCUUGAUUAUAGUAAGGGUCAUGAAGCGACUAGCCACAAUCCAUGUCCAGCAUUAAACAUUGAACAAUGUUCAAUUUUUUAUCAUUUUUGGUCAUUCACGCUAGCCAAGAAGUUUUAGUCUUCGAAUAUUUUAAUUCUAGUCGUUGUAUUUUUUGUGUUUUUUUUAUAUAUCAGUUGCUGAAAUAUUCUGCUGGUCAUAAUAAUAACACAAGUGUAUUUUUCAGUUGUUUGAAUGAAACUCACCCUAAUUGAAAAGAAAUGCUCUUUACAUUUCAUUGCAGGCUGAAAAGUUACUAUGUUGAUAAGUGGACUAAAAAUGAGUGUCGUAUGUCAUAACAAUGUCCCACAUAUUACACGCUUAAAAGAUUCACUAUCAGAUGGUGGUCUUUCAAUAUCUGUAUCGUCCAUGAAUGUUCAAAUAGUCGUAAGGAAUCCUUAGAUGUUUUUAUUUACUCACAUCGAAUAAAAUAUAUGAUUAUUAUUUCUUGAAUUGAGAAAUGUUGCUACUAAUAUUGUUUAAACAGGAAUAAUUGUUGAUUGUUAAAGUAAUCUAUGAUUACAAAAAUAAAAUUAAUGUGUGAAACCUCA